UGUUAAAAAUUAUUCAGUCUUUAAAUAAUAAAUAUGUCUAAAACGGGUUCACCACAAAAGAAACCUUCAAUUAGUUUCAGUGAAAAUCAAGAGAAUCCUCCACAAGGAGGAGCUUUAAGUGAUUUAGAUAACCAAGAUAAAUCACCCAAUAAAUCACCAACAAGAAGACGUAGUACUCCGACAGGUUCUGCUGGAUCACCAGCAAGAAAUGCCUCUCCGGAACGCAAAUCCCCAUCUCCAGCUCAAUCUAAUCGAACUCCUUCUCAAUCACCAAAAGAAGGUUCAAUUACAGAGAAAACAAAUGAUGAUAGUUAUAUUCCAAGUCCAUAUACAUUUAGAGCACCGGCUCGAGCCAAAAGCUUUGUGAGAAUGAACGCAAAAUGUCCCCCGUUUUACCUUCAAUUAGAUCAUACGUUAGCGGUUAUUUGGACUUUAUUCAGUGAUAAUCCCCCAGUAUCCUUAGGGAUAGUACAACUUCAAUGGGCGUUAAAUUUCCUGCAAGGUAUUUAUACGAGAAAAGGUGAACAUCCUAAAGAUGUCUCGCUAUGUAUUCAAGCUAUCGAAGAUCUUUUAUUAGCGAAAUACGCCGAUAUGGCUAAAGAAGUUUCGUUUAUUGAAGAGGAGGAAAAGAAGAAACGGAUGCGAAAAGUGAUGCCUUCCUCCUCAGACGCCUCAAUGAAAAGUAAACAAACUGUUUGUGAAUCGGAAACUUGUUUUGGAAGAAUGUGUUUGGAUGUGGACAGGGUGUUAAGUCAUGAAGCGAAUAUUUCGUCCAGCCCAAUGCCUUUUUCUGUUAAUUAUUCCGACAUAGUUGAUAAAGUACGUGUUGAUUACGAUCAGAUGUAUUCGAAACAUUCUCGUGCUUCCACCACUAUUUCCGGUGUCGAAUUACCACAAGAAAACACCAUGGAGUUUUUAGAAAAAUGGCGAGCAGAUCAAAUAAAGAAAAUUCAAGCAGAAAUGUUACGAUUAAAAUCUAUUGAGACUUAUAUCGGUUGUGCCGAGACCAACAUUGAUAGUGUGAAGGAUGCCCUUCAAAAUGAUGAUACUUUAAGAGAUAGACCACAAAAAUUUUAUUAUUAACCAAAAUUUGUGUUGAUUA